UAAAUGUCCUCUCCUAGACCAAACCCUAAUUUCUAAUUGGCAUUGUUGACAUUUGGGGAAAUCGAAACGGCGAGACGUUUGGUUAUAAUUUCACAACAAACAACAACGCACUCCUCACGUUCCUCAUCCUCUCAUCGUCAUCCCCCUCAAAAGCUCUCUCACCUUCCUUCCAAAGAAACUUUCUCCCGAUCUGCAUCUCCGUCAACGACUCCGAUCAAAAUCAAUCAGUGCAGGAUUAACUUUGUAAUUGAGAAGAUGUCUACAGCAGCCAAGACCACCAAAUCUAGAGACAAGAAGGUUGUGAACGAUUCACAGAAGACACCGAGUAAAGCCGCCUCUGGAUCCAUAGGCGGUGCUUACAAUCCUCUUUUGGGGACAUUCCAAACCGUUGAGUCAACUGGUUCCCCACCGCUUCACAGCAACGGCCGUUUCAAAAACAUCGACGAGUCGGAUUCUAACUGUGACUCCGCCUCUAAUAACGGUAGCUGGUCUGGAGACUCAGAAGAUCACAAGGAGAAAGCAGCGCCAACUACAGCUACCACCGCGAAACAGGAAACCAUCCCCGGAGCUGACAAUGACAAGCGGGAGAAGAUGCGGCUGAAGAACGAGAGAAAGCACCAGCGUCAGAAGGAGAAGCGAGCUCAGGAGCUGCACGAGCGGUGCUGUCAGUUUCUCAUGUCGAGGAAGCUUGAGGUACUUGCUCAGCAGAUCGUACCUAUGGGGAUUCCUCAUGAGAGGGCGACUUACGCUCUUAUGUUGAAUGAAGGGAAGCUACAGGAGUCUGUUAACUGGCUGUUUGAUGAUGGUGGGGCUAAUUUAGAAGAUAAGAAGCUGGUUCCUACCUCCGGGAAUUUAAAACUCGACAUCUCGCUAGAGUUGAGUAGAAUCUUGGAGUUGGAAACGAAAUAUAAGUGCUCCAAGCACGAUGUAGAAAAAUCUGUGGUUACAGCAGAAGGGGAUAUUGAGAAGGCAGAAGAAUCAUUAAGGAGGCAGAAGCAAGAGCAAUCUACUGCUUCUAUAAAAGUAGAGGAUGUUAGUAAUAAUAGUGCUACCGCUAGCAAAGUCCCUUCUGUGCACACAAGUCAGAACUCAGUAGCCGCCCAGUUGCAACCUAACUAUCAUGCAGGGGGCGAAGUAGAGAGAAAGAAUCUAGGUUACACCAGAGGAUCCAGCUAUAUUAGUGGAGAAUCUGGAAACCAAAGUGUAAAUCCGAUGGAUCAAAUUAACAUGAAAAUGGAGUGGAUGAAAAUGCAACAGAAUAAUGCCCUGGAAGAGAGGAAACGCUUGUCGUAUCAACAGACACCACUGCCGCGGCCAACAGAAGAAACUCAUUAUGGUGAUCAAUUCAAGAGAGUACAGCAGCAAGAAAUGAGGGAACCAGUCAUGGUGAUGCAUCAACAACAGCAACGACACUCUCUCUCCGCUAAAGCAAAUGUGUUACCUGUCUCUACCAUUAAUUCAUCCUUUACCGUAGCAGCUACAGCAGCAGCAGGAGGAGGCAGCGGUUGGUACCCUGCGAGUAGAUCUGAGGCGGCUCAAUCUAACGGAUACAUGCCCACAAGAACUCUGCCUCCUACUGAUCUUAACCCAAACCUGAUGUACCAGCAGCAACUUCAGUAUCAACAAUAUCAAGGCCAAGUUAACAAUGGAAACAGAAUGGUGGGGGCUUCUACACCGCAUACUGUGGCUCCAGCUGCUUCUCUUGGUCUCUUCUCUGGGUAUGGAUCAACACCUUCAUCUGGACUGGAGUGGAGUACGGAUGGAUCAGCGGCGAAAUCGGAUUACAACAACAUUGAUUGGAGUUUAGACAGAGGCCUAGCUUGUCCGAGACCCCAACUGCCGUACGUGGAAGCAUCCCCAUAUGAAACAAACAUGAACGGAAGGACAAGAAUGAUGGGGAACGGGAAUGGGAUGAGCAUGGCAAUGGGAGCUCAGGAAGCUGCUUUAGUAGGGAAUGGGAGAGAAUGGACAUCACCGUUUGAGGGUAAAGAUCUGUUUAGUUUGUCUAGGCAGUAUGUACCUCCUUCUCUUUGAAUGUGAAAGUUGCUUCUAAAAUAAAUGGAAAAUUUGCAAUGGGAGAGAGAGAGAAAGAUAAUGGAUGGAUGGUAUGAGUUUGUGGUUACUAGUUUUUAUCAAUUGUGUUUGCUCAAAAUUGGAUAUGAUAAUAACGGGUUUUAACC